GCGCGGUCCGGACCUCUUCGCUUUGCACCCUCAGCUCUCCAGCUCCUGGCGCAUUUUCUGCAGCCUUUCUCGGCCGCCGCCAACAUGGGUCCCUGGCCCCGCUUGUUGCUAGCCGCCCUUCUGCUGCUCCUCGCCGGCGUGGGCAUGGUUCUCUGCGACACACCUGCCAAUUGCACCUAUCCUGACCUGCUGGGCACCUGGGUCUUCGAAGUGGGCCCGGGCAGUUCCAACCGGGACGUCAACUGCUCAGCUAUGGGACCACCAGAAAAAAAAGUAGUGGUGCACCUUCAGAAACUGGAUACAGCGUAUGAUGACCUUGGCAAUUCCGGCCAUUUCACCAUCAUUUACAAUCAAGGCUUUGAAAUUGUGUUGAAUGACUACAAGUGGUUUGCCUUUUUUAAGGAUGUCACUGAUUUUAUCAGUCAGUUGUUCGUGCAACUGGGAACUGUGGGGAUAUAUGAUUUGCCACCUCUGAGGAACAAACUGGGUAACCACUAAUAACAGAUCAGAGUGAGCAUUAGAGCUGAAACUAUUGUUAAAUAGAGCAUCUGUUGAGGGGCUCUUUUAAAACUACAGCCAAGAACAGACUUUGUGGCUAAGAGGCCCGGCAACAUGCAGCAACCAACCAACCUCUAGCAGCUAGCAGAGGCCUGUAGCAGAUAUAGUCUCUUCUGCAGUCUUUAUUUGCUGGUAAAUUGCACAGGAGCCCUGUGACCUACCUCCAAGGCAGCUGCCCUCCUGAACAUUCCUUGAAAAGCAGUAAUCACCAUUUUGGAAUGUGAACAACCAGAGACUACGCAAGAAAAAGAAAAAAUCUAUGUCUGGAAGAAACGAAGUCCUAAGUGGCUUCACCAUGCAGCCUUUUAAUAAAAGGAACGAUAUGCAACAUGUUAAAUGUUUUCUCUUUUGAAUACUCUUACAUUGAAAUGAUUUUUCAGAAUUAGGAUUUGAGUUUUUUGUGUUUUGUUUUAUUCAUAGUGUAAAAUAAAUUGUCUCUUCCUAAGUGCCUUCUCUUUCUCUUAAUACCUCGAGGAACCCUAGAACGUAUGGUAAGGAGAAAACACUUUAGUAUCGCUUGAGAUGCACAAAUGUAAGUUAUUGGUGGAAGGAUAGUCCUAUGGAAGACAUGUUCAAAGCAGGAAAACGGCUCUCUGACAGAAGCCAAAUUGCUGAAGGGUAUAAUUCUUCCGAAGAUAACAGGCUUGCAGUACCCCUGGCCAUAAAGAUGGGAUGGUUAAUUUCUUUCUUUUCUUUUCGAGUAGGUGCCAAGCUUUGUGCUAAGAACUUGAUGUACUUUGCUUGACUAAAAUCCCGUAGGUGUUACUAAUUGCAUUUUAUAGAUAGGGCAAGUAAGUCUCAGACAGAUUAGGCAUUUUGCUAAAAUUCACAGGACUUCUAAUUAAAAAAACUAGGGUUAGCCAUUCAAGCUUAAGGUCUUCCUUGGAACUAAAGAAGAAAAGAAGAGCCAUUUCACAAAGAAUUAGUGGUAUUAAGGGUCACGUUUGAGUAGAUUUUUCUGGUGAUUUCCAGUCUGUAUGUGUCGUGUUAGUUUAAUAGACUAGAAUAUGUACUGCAUUGGCUCCUGCUGAAAUCUUAAGAGAAUUAUUGACUUGAAGCUUAGGUUCCCUUACCUGAGCCUUCCAAGUCACUUUAUUUUCUAAGCCAAGGUCCUUUCGUUCAAGAAAAAAAUUUAUCUUUUCCUUUCCUUGAUAGUUCCAAAAAUUCAAAGAAAAGCUUUGUAAACUUCAAAUUAAGCACCCCGACCAAAUUGACCUCUUUUAAUUACAUUGUUAUCCACAUUAAUUGCUAUCUUUUAGCUCUUCCCUGCUAAACAGUGGGUUGGUUUCCUCCUUCCUGAGUUUAGAGCUGACUAAUACCACUUCUACUCUGCUCACGUGGGGUCUCCAUGAGUUGGAAUCAACUCUUCGGCAAGUAACAACAAUACCAGUUUUGGUAAGCCUAAAAUAUGGGGCUACACCUAGUCUAUACUAUCUGGGUGGACUUUUCUCCUGCAUCCAGGCCUGAGUGGAGGAAUCUUUCUCUAGAGAGCAGUUUACUAUUGUUGCUUUAUCAGUUCAGGAGAUUUAUACCAUCAGAGAAGUUCUGGUGUGCUAUUCUGGACAUGUUAUAGCUUACAAAGAUAAUUUAAUAGUACAGCCACACCUACCUCUGGACCUGAUAAAUUCUUCAUCACUCAGGACCUACCUUGAUCCCACCUCCUAUGUGAAACCCUCCCUAGCACUCUCCAUUAGAGGGAGAAAUGCCAUUAUCUUGGUUCCCAUUAAAUUUUACAGGUAUCUUUACUUACUCUGUUGUCAUGAGAUUAUUUGAUAACACGUCUUCAUCUUCCAUACUCAAAGUUUGUGUCUUUCCCUGUAUACCUUCAGCAUCUAGUGCACAUAGAACUUUAUAGGUCCUUGCAAAAAGAACCACACUUCUCUUGUCUUUUCCCAAGUAUGCCAGGUUACAGAAAAUUAAUUUUAUAGCCUUCUGCAAGCACAAAUCAGGAAUGCUGCUAUACUUACAUUUUUGGUUCCCUGCGCUAAAAAUAUUGUCUAGUUACCUGCCUCCAGAGUUCUAAAAGGGUUGUAUAUUUUCAAGCUGAUUUUCAGAAGGUAAAAUAGUACCAAAGAAACAAAUAUGUAUGAGAAUGUUUUUUAGCAUAUAAUUAAAAUUCUCUUUUUUGAAGUUAUUUUGUAUUUUUUGUUAUUUCUGUUUCUCUGAGUAACUUAGCAUCUAAGUAUUUGUUUUGAUUGGAAGAGAAGACUUGGCGGGUACAAAAUUGCAGAUAUAUGUGUUAGAAUGCCCCACAAUAUAAUAAUGCUUAGCGUUCUUUGUCAUAACUGCUUGUUUAUCUCCCCCUCUGUUCCUGACAUGCCAUGAGGGGGGCAGAGGUCAUUUUUAUAUUACUGACCAUUUAAUCCUGUCUGUAUAGCACAAUACCUGACAAAUAAUAGACCUGAAUAAAUAUUUGUAAAUGAAAGAAAAUGGAAUAAUAUAUCAUUGUGCUGUCAUUGUUAUUUUACUGAUCUGUUUCAAUAAGUAAAUCGUGGCCUUGAUUCUUUGUGUCCUUAGAGCCUGUCAUGCGUCCUCAGGUGUAUUUGUUGAAUGACUUAGUGGAAAACAAAUUAAACUUUUAAGUUUUAUUCUGUUUAUUUAUUUAUGUUUUAAUUUUUGUGUGAGUCUAUGAAGGCCCAAGAUAGGGCUCAAAGUUCAAAAAAAAAAGUAAUAGUCUAUCUUUCAAAAGUAUUGAAAACCUGAAUUAGCUGUCCACCAACGGAAAUAGUAAAGUUCACAUCAGUGGUUCCCCAAAGCCUGGAGAACCAAUGAUUUGAACUAGCCUGGAAUGAGUAAGGUUAUGCCCCAUUUCUGUAGGUACAGUUAGGAACUCAAGCUAAAGUUUGCAGUAGAUGAACGCUAAGAUUUCUUCAAACCCCACAGUUUAAGAGUAGGUAAUAAGGGAGUAAAUAAGGAAUGAGCCAAGGGACUUAGUUUACUUUGCUGAUUGAUAAAUUUCUGUUUUCCUAACUAACUCAAGAGAGUAUGUUUUGGUUUAAACUUCUUUUCAGCCCUGAGAAUAAGUAAAUUUUUGACCCUCCAUUUUCAUUUGUAAAUCUAGCUACAAAUUCUUUCAGUAAAAUACUGAAAGCUAUUUCAUUGCAACCACUGUAACAGUUUCCUGGCAGUUUCACAAUUCAUUAAAAUUCAACUUCUCAAAUAAAAGCUUCAGUCUAGUUAAUAGGUGAAAAACUAGAGCUAAUGCUUGGAACUGACAUAAGUAAGUUUAUUUCUUUCUGAGGAAAGAGGUGGUCCUCUUGGGAGGGUUUGGCAAAAUAUCAAUUUAGUAAAAUCUGCAUUGUUGCCAUAUAACCACUUUUCCUUACACUCCAGAUCUGACAACAAAUGGAAGUGGUUAAUGUGCACUUAUGUAGAUAUCUCCAGUAAAAAAAAGGGCAAAGAAUUGAGUAAACAUUUUUUUUUAUGUAUUGCUGUAGUGUAAUGUCUCCAGAUAUACAGUUCAUCUUUAGUCAUUCAACUUCAUGCAAGGUACUUUUUCCUGUAAUGGUGAAUCAUCUUGAUGAAUUAAACUUUAGAUUUCUAAAUUUUUUUAUUAUAUAUUCCACAAUAUAUAUGUACAAUUUUUAAAAUAAUAUAAAUUUAUAAUAAUAUGCUUAUUAUAAAACGUGAAGUAAAAUGAUUAAAUGAAUGAUACUGCAUUUAUUAACGUUACAAAAACAUGUCCUUCCAAAAUUUAUUUUGUAUCAUUUGAAAACAAAACAUGCUUCAUUGUCACAUGAUUUUGUUGUCAAAAGCAAUGUAAGAGUCUCUGUUACCAAUACAUAAUUUUUGUUAUUGUAAAUUUUCAACGUUGAAAAUAGUAUUUUCUAACAUGUUUUAAAAUCUUUUAAUAAAGAAUUUCAGUAGGUUUUGGCCCAUUUUGUUAAAGACAAAAGUGCUACAGCUUUACAAGAAUUUAGAAAAAUAACUAGCAUCAGGGAAGUGGCAAUUUCAUAGACAAAUUUUAACCAAAACUUAUGCUUUUUUGGUGAAAAAGUUUGAAAAAUGAGUAUCAUAGUGAUGGAAAUAUUUCAAAACAUGUUUUAAAAAACUUUUUAUUUCUUAGCAUAGCUGACAGAGCUCAGACUACGAAUAGGGAAAAUGUAAGCUUUGCCAUUUUCUUAUGUUUGCAUCAUUAUUAUCUGCAAAUCCUUGCUUUUUUGCAGGGAUUGUUUUAAGCCACAUUUUCAUUUUGUGAGAGUUAGCUUAAUUCAGAUUAGGUGCGUUAGUCAGUUUAAGCAGGCACAUGGAAACGGGAAUAAGCUAUAAUGGGGUCUCACCGUCUCAUAGCUUAGCACACUGCACAUAACAAGUGACCAUAUGCUAUUUGAACUGAGUGGGGACAUGAGCAUUGGUUUCUACAUUAAAUAAUAAUGGAAGUUGAUUUUCGAUUUUAUUUUUAUAUUACAAAUAGAAAUAGAAGUUACAGUAUUUUCUUUCCAAUGUUCCAAUGAAUCAUCUUUCAUACCAUUUUGGGGAGCACUAGUUGGCAGGAGAGGGCUCAGUGUCGCCUGCACGGUUGAGUUUGUGUUACAGUAUAAGUUCUUUGAAGACGUGGAUGAUGUCUCAAAUAGCUUUGUAUCCCCCGUGGUAACUGAUGGUAAUGUUUAUAUCAUUUACUUGUUUAGGGUUUUCUAACUUAAAAACUCUACAAACGUCAGGAUCAUCUUUAUCCUUCAUAGCAAUCCAGUGAAGCAGGUAUCAUUCCUAUUUUCAGGUGAAGAAAUUGAGACUCACUAGUUAAUGCCUUGCUCAUGAGUACGUAAAUAAGUGGCAGAACUGGGAUUUAAAGGCCAAAGUCCUUUUUAUUAAACUGUACCUAUCCUAGCCAGUGUGUUGCAUGAAAUUGAUAUUCAAAUAUUUGCUAAAUAUUCUAUUAAUCAGAGAAACCAUGGAACAAGGUUUAAUUGAUUUUCCCCCCUCAGAGUGAAAAGUAGUUGAGUAAGAGAUCCAGGAAAAAUACCUUAAGAGACUAUCCCAACCAAUUCUCUUUUGUAAUUGGUCGAUAUUACUAGGUAGGCAUAAUUAAAUAGUUGAUAAAACAAGUCAGAAAUUGAAGAAUGGGAAUUUUGAGAAUGGCAAUUUAUGGUUAUUUUGAAAUAGCAUACCAAUAGUUAUUAAAUCCUAGUAGUUUUCUAAACUUAAGUACUAGGCUUUGUCAGUUCCUCAAAUUUUAUGAAAUUAUCUGUUUGUUGCAAUAAAAAUUGGCAUCAAUGAAUGGAAACUUAAAUUAUACCAUCUGUGCAAGACAGUCUUCAGAGACUGGUGUUUACAUAAAUGAAAACUCUUAGAAUAAUUUUUUUGGCUACAUUUUAAAUAGUAUAGCCAAAACUUAUUUGGUGAUAAUGUUCAAAUCACAUAAGAAAUAUUUCUCACAGUAGCAGGAAUAAUGACAGAUACUCUGAGAGUAUUUAAACCGAAAAGUAUCUGAGACACAGUGUGUGAUCCUCUCGUCAGUGUGCCAAGUACUUGGUUUCUGGACUGGUAAAUGCCUGUUUUUUGGAAGUUAUAGCUGUCUUGCACAAUGGCAUUACGGCCCUGUCCUACCUUUUAUGAGAUAAUUUCAGGUGCUGCAUAAAAGGAAAUUAUUUAAUAUGGUGAAAACUACAGAAUAAUUUAAAAUAAAUCUUUAAAAGGGAAAAUAAUUUCACGAAUUUUAUGUGUCAGAAAUGAUAAAUUGAUAGUUUCCUUAGUACAUUUACAGGAUUUGAGUUGUAACAAAGUUGUAGUUUUUUAGGAUUAUCCUAAGUGUAUAAAUAAGGAGUGUGUCUAAGACUUUUUCACCUGGCUUUAUAGAAGUUAAAUAAGAAAACCAGAGAUGUAACGAAAUGGAGAAUUAGGAGACGUGAAGGGAACUUUUGGAAGUUCUAGGUCACCCUAAAUUUACAGAUAGGGAAAAUGAGGUUUGUAUAGGAAAAUGGAUAUUCCUGAAGUAAUGUCAGAUUCAGGCGAGAAUUUGGGUUUCUGUAAUGUCUUGGCUCCGUGGGAGAAAGACCUGGGCUGGCAUUCUGCUCCUGUAUAGAUUACAGCAUUUCUACUCUGAGGAGUAUGUGAGUCGGAAUCCACUGGACGAUACCCAACAAGAAUAACAGUGUCUUGUCAGCACCACACUUGUACUAAGUAUAAAGUUUUUGUGUUUUCUCAAUUUCUUUUGUUAUCAUUGGAACAGAACUUGGCAUUUGUAGUUCUUUCUCUCUUAUAGGAGAUUAUGGCCCCUUGUGUUAUCUAUCAUUCAUUCAUUUUAUUCACUCAUUCAAUAAUGAAUUCCUUCCUAGUGCCAAACACUUUCCUAGGUACUGAGUAGACAAAAAUUCCUCUUCUCAUGAUGCUUGUUUUGUGGAAAGAACAGCCUCAUAAGGUGGUUGUAAAAAUUAAAGGGGUGGUAUACAUAAAACACAACCUAUGACGGGGGGUCUGUUAUUAUCAUCCCUAUUUUGUAAAUUCCAUGAACUGCCAAAAGAACGAACAAAUCUGUCUUAGAAGAAGUACAACCAGAAUGCUCCUUAGAAGCAAGGAUGGCUAGACUACAUCUUACAUACUUUGGACA